AUGGACCCACAUAAAAUUACAACGUUAAUAUUAUCAAUAUCUGUAGCAUUGUUGCUAUCAUACGCCACGGCGGUGCGGCAGUGCCGGAAGUGUGGUCCGAACCCGGUUCCUUACCCGUUAAGCACUGCACCCGAUUGUGGUGACCCAGGGUACAACAUCCGGUGCACCGCGGGUACACUCUGGUUUGAUGCACUUGGUGGAUCAUCCUACAUGAUCCGGUCCAUUGAUCCAUUAACCCGUCGGAUCGUAAUCAAACCCGCUGCACUUGCGGGAAGCGCGUGCGUGUCUACGGACUUCCGCAGCGAAGGAAUGUACCUAAAUGAGACCCUUCUUUUUAGCAUUGCCGCAGGCAACACCAUAUUUCUGUUCAAUUGCACUGACAACGCGCCACACGCGCCUCCGAUGGACUGUUCGGCAAGUAACCUGUGCCACAGCUACAUCACGGACCACGCGAAAGCAGGCGCGUGCGGGCGCGUGAACAUUUGCUGCGGGUACAAGACGGGUGGGGUCCUUAAAGAGUAUGUGGUCAGGGUACACAGCGGAGGGUGCGCGGCGUAUCAGAGUUUCGUGGAUUUUAAUGCCACGGUGGCGCCACCUGGAACGCGGUGGCCGGAGCCCGGGUUAGGGAUUGAGUGGGUGGCACCACAGGAACCGGUUUGUAAGGGGCCAAUGGAUUGCAACGAAUUGUUGAACUCAAAGUGUGGAGUGGGCCCCAGUGGUGGUGUGCAAAGGUGCUUCUGCAAUGCUGGCUUUAAGUGGGACUCUAUCAAUGGUUCGUGUCAACCUCAAAUUCAAAGACAUGGGAAAGACAUCCACUGCAAAGUUCGAAAGAAAAAGAAAAUGCUUCUAGCUGUGGUUGUUGCGUUAGGUGGAAUGGUCUCCAUUAUAACAGUACUAGGAGCCAUUUUCUAUAAGAAGCAUAAUCAAGCAAAGAUAAAAACCAAGGAGACCAAAAUCAAAAGGAGGAAAGAAAUCUCAAGUGCCAAAGCCAAUGCUUUAUCAUCAAGAAUCUUCACAGGCAGAGAGAUAAAGAAGGCAACCAACAAUUUCUCCCCAGAAAACCUCAUUGGCUCAGGUGGUUUUGGAGAAGUGUUCAAGGGAACAUUUGAUGAUGGAACAACCAUUGCCAUCAAGCGUGCCAAGCUGGGAAACACCAAAGGCAUUGAUCAAAUGCAAAACGAGGUUCGAAUACUUUGCCAAGUGAACCAUAGAAGCCUAGUGAGACUCCUUGGUUGUUGCUUAGAACUUGAGCACCCUUUACUAAUAUAUGAAUAUAUCUCUAAUGGGACACUCUUUGAUUACCUUCAUCGCCACUCUUUGGGCACAAGGGAACCUCUCAAAUGGCAUCAAAGACUCAAAAUUGCACACCAAACAGCUGAAGGUCUUUCCUAUUUGCAUUCUGCAGCUGUUCCACCCAUUUACCACCGUGAUGUGAAAUCAAGCAAUAUUCUCCUUGAUGACAAGCUUGAUGCAAAAGUUUCUGACUUUGGGUUAUCUAGGCUUGUUGAAUUAGCUGAAGAAAAUAAAAGCCAUAUUUUCACGAGUGCUCAGGGAACACUUGGUUAUCUAGACCCUGAGUAUUACCGUAACUUUCAAUUGACAGAUAAGAGUGAUGUUUAUAGCUUUGGGGUGGUGCUGAUGGAGCUGCUAACUGCUCAGAAAGCUAUUGAUUUCAACAGGGAAGAAGAGAAUGUGAACUUGGCAGUGUAUGCCAAGAAGAAAAUGUUUGAAGACAUGUUGAUGGAUGUGGUUGAUCCUUUACUUAAAGAGGGUGCUUGCAAUUUAGAAUUGGAAACUAUGAAGUCAUUGGGGUAUCUUGCAGCUGCGUGCUUGGAUGAUCAGAGGCAGAAAAGGCCUUCGAUGAAAGAAGUUGCAGAUGAGAUUGAAUACCUUAUUAAAAUUGUUAAAGUCCCGUCCUAUAAGGAUAAAGUGAUAGGGCUCAAAGAGAUAGGUCUAGUGCUAAAUGUUAAGAAUAUGCCAAAAUCAAUACUGGAAGACUGUAAUAUAAUUCCUGAAUAUGAAGAAAAGGUUGGUGCUUACUUGAGGUCUAUGGUAAAAGUAGAUUCCUACACUUCCCUUCUUUUUAAGGGAAAGAUUGCUAGAAUUUGUGUUGGAAUAGACCUUAGGAGCAAACUAGUCCCUACUUUUAAGGUUUUAGGACAAGAAUUUAAGGUUGAGCAUGAAGGAUUGCAUUUGAUUUGCUUUAGUUGUAGUAAGUAUGGCUAUAGACAGGAGCAAUGUAUAAAAGAUAUUGGUCAUGAUUUCCCUGAGAUAGAGAAAGGGGAGAGCAAUAAUAAUAGCUCUAUAAACAGUGAAGGGAUGUUAGGAAAGAAUCUUUAUGAAAGAAAGGAUAUGGUUAUAGACUACCCUAAGAUUGAGUCUGGGUUAAAGGAUGACCAUUUUGGUCCUUGGAUGAGUGCCAUUGUGAGGAAAGAGAAUAAAUCCAGAACUACUUCUACUGGGGUUAAAGUGGGAAUGGAUGUAGAGAAAAGCCUACAACAGGAUAGGAAUUUAGGCCAUCGUAUACAGGAUCUCAUUGGCCUAAACUCUAAUUUCCUUUGGAAGGAUCAGGACACCAGUAUCAAAUUCCUUCUUGAUAAACCACUUGAUCCUCCUUUAAUAAUGAAACUUGAUAAAAUAGAUGACAAUGUUAACUCUAAGUCUGAAAUUAUUUCAUUGGAUAAUAGUAAUGCAGGGUUAUCCCAGCAUCCGGAAGAUGCUGCUCACUUCCUUUCUUAA